CGCCGUAACGUAACCAAGGGUCUGGGAGAGACGAGGCUCUGGUCCCCAGCAGGGCAAGACGAGAUGGGGUCCCCAAGGCAGGGCGCCCCCAGGUCGCAAAUGAGGAGAGUGCGCUUCUCCCUCCGCCCCCAAGUAGCGGGGGACGGAGCCGCCGGGGAACUGGCUGCUGGGCCUUACUCGGCAGCCGACGAGGUUCAGGAGCUCAGGGCUGGACAGGCUGGGACUGGGGCGGAGUGCGACCCCGGGGGUUGCUGGGCGGCGCCGACCCCCGUGGAGCACAGAACCGAGAAACUGCGAAGACGUUCCGCAAGGGGGCGCCGCGUCCGCGCGUCGCUGGCCCCUGACACGAGCGCUCCUUCCUUGGCGGUCCCCCUCGGCGAACCUCACCGUCACCUUGGAGACGGACGCUCGGAUUCCUGGAGCAAGUUUGCUAAGGACUCUAGGAGUUCCUCUCCACCGAAUCUUAGUUUAAUAAAUGAUUUUUUCAAGCCAGAGAAGCUAAGCAAGUCAGAGAUGAGGUUUAAAGAAAAGGCAGUGGUGGAAAUGACAAAGCUGAACAACCAAAUAAAACAAGCUCAAAGCCAGCAAGAGUCACUAAUGGAGGAAACCAAGCAGCUAUAUGCUGAGAAGUUACUCGUCCAGACUGAAAACAAAUUCUUCCUGGAAUAUCUAACCAACAAAACUGAAGAGUAUAGAAUGCAGCCUGAAAAGCUGUGGAACAGCUAUUUACAAAAAAGUCAGGAGAUUGAACAAAGGAGACGAGACUAUGCCUCCAAAUAUGCGAAACAAACUUCAGUGUUUAAAGGGGAGCUUUUGCAGAAGGAAAAGAUCCAAAGCAACUUAAAGCAGCAGUUGCAGACACUGAGGAUAAUUUCACUGUUAAAGGAGAAACAGGAGAGAGAAAUCCAGAUAUUACAGGACGAGAAAAAGAAAACCCCAGCUGAGACAGAUGCCAAGAAACAGGAAAUCCAGGUCCAGUUACUCCAGGAAAAAGCAUUUCUAGAGAAACAACUGAGUGAGCCAGACAUGGGGCAGGUGGGAAAGAGGAAAAGAAAGGAGCUUGACAGGAAGGCCCAGGCCUUGGAGUUGGAAGCAAAGCAGUAUACUUUUGAGUUCUACCGUGGCAUCAGGAGAGAGAACCGGGAGUUACGGAAGAAGUUACUGCAGCAAACUCAGCAGUGCCGGGAGUUGCAAGCUACUAAAAGCCAGUUAGAAAAUCAGAAGCAGCAGCUGCAGCUGGAACAGUGGUAUGUGGAGGGCUUAAUCCGGGCGAGGCAACGACUGCAAAGAAGGCGUAAUUGGUGCCCAGGACAGGAUGCUCCAAGGACCACACUAACACCUCUGAGUACCAAACCAAAGAUUAAUCCAAAGCAAUUCCUAAAAUAACACUGCGUAAAUAAAGACUGGAGCAAGUAUUCUUAUAAACCGAUUGCUGCAUAAACUUAGUUAGGAAGGCCUUAGGAUCUCAGAUUGCUAUGGCAAAGUAUCCAUCAUGAUGUGUUAGUGUGAAAUAUUAGGUGCAUUUUUCCAGCAGUACUGCUACAUAUUUGUGCCACCAGCUUCCUUUAAUUAGGAGAUUUUUCCUUAAUUACAUCUUGUUAAUAAAUGGGAUGUUCCUCAAAUCUCUAGAUAACACCAUUUCCCAAACACCAGUACUUUAAACUAGUUCAAGAAAACCACCUGGAGGUAGUGAAAGGAAAACAGUGGUGUGAUUUAUUUCGUGUGGCCAAGUUAGAUUUCUAAGAGUAGCAUUUCAGAUUGACUUUAUAUAAUACCUUCCUCUCUGUAAACAAACUGGUUAUCCUCAUGCCUCCUGGCCAGCUCCACACAAAAAAGGCAAAGUGCUUUUAAGGUCUUUUUCAAGUUUGCACCAGUGACCAGGCAGCUUCGUCUAUAGUUUUGUCAAGAGUGGAAAAGUAAUUUAAACGGUAUGUUCAAUAAGAGCUAGGCAAAAAAAAAAAAAAAAAAAAAAAAAACCCACUGGGCAGAAUUACCUUUUGUCUGAUGCUCAGCCCCUACAAUUUUAGCUUUGAGUAAAUUAAGGGAAGAGCAGAUAUUAGGUCAAGUCUUAACUUUUGAAAAACCUUUUCUGUCAAGAAAUACCUCUAGCAUUAAUGAGGUAGCUGAAUGCCUCUACUUAUUUCAGGAAAAUAUAUGAAAAACAUUUUAAAAUAUUGGGACAACUGUAAAGAGUCUUGUGCCGUCUAUUUCCCUAACAACAUUCUGAAUUCUAAGACAACGAGUAAGAUUACUUAAAUAUAAGUACUUCUACAUUUUCUUACUAUGUGUGUACCUGAUAGUACCUUUGGAAAUGCCUUUUAUAAUUAAAAGUGCCUUAUAUUUAUGUCUAUUGAGAAGAACAAGCUUUGCACAGUGACAGUAUCCAUCAUAGCCAAAGAAGUUUAUCCAGGCACGAUUAUUGCUAAUGUAGAAGAACUGGAAAUAAUAUUUUUAAUUGGUAAGACUUUUAUGGUAGUUUUUAACAAUUUUUUUGCACUGACGACAUAUAGAUGGUUAGACUAGUUAUUUAUUUGCAUGCUGAAUCCUAGUACAGGAAUAUAAUCCCACAUUUUAACAUUGCUCCUCUAUGGGAAAAUAAAGUCAACUUUAUGUUUUCCAGAAAUUGUCAGUGAUAAAAACUUCAAAAUAAUUUUCCUGAGUUUUCAGUUUUAUGCCUAUGAAAAAAUGAAUUCCUUUAAAAUUGUGGAGUAAAAAGUUUUUUCUCCCUCAAUGCCUUCACCUUCUAGCUUUAACAAUGUUUUUAAUGUGCAGCUUAUUGAAAUAAAAACCUUAGAUUAUAA